GAGGAGUAUAAUGAUGGCGGCGGCGCCGCCUGAGAAGCGAGCGGGAAGCGCUGCCUCAGCUGCGGGUCAUCUUUAUCCAGUGGACAUUAAAGAUGUAACGCUUGAAGCUGUAGAAGCAGCAGCUCAGGUAUACCAUGCAAAACUUUUAGAGGAACCAUUAUCCACUGUUGAGGUUUUCCCUAUUCCAGGAAGAAAGAACGUUAAACUUGAAGCUUCAUUGAUGAGAUUUCUACCUCUGUACAGAGAAGACAAUAAACAUAGGCUUCUGGUUUUAAUUGAUCCACAAGAUGAGAAUACAGUUUUAGCAAUUUAUUUGCACAACUCCUGGUGGCUUGUUGAAGAUGCAGUGAAAACGGCUGAUCCUUCCCGAGAGGGUCUGAUACAGGUCCAGACAUUUGCAGAAAGAACUGUCCUCUUUAUGCUUAACUGCAUUAUUUUUGGAAUGCUAGAGAGAAAUUUGACUCACGAUGUACUCUUUGUGCCGCAUUCCAAGAAGGAGUGUGCCAAAAUAUUCUGGAGGAAUGGAGACGCUGUUGCUUUCUACACUGUCAAAGCAAAAGGAAGCUUGUGUGAUGGACACACCGGCCAAUGCUACUCGCUCCCAGUUUUGGAUACAAUGUUUGUCCGGAAAAAGUUCAGAAGACGUGGACUUGGAAUGAAAAUGCUUCAUGAUUUUUGUCGGAACUUUGCCACAGAGGAUGCCGUGGGACUCAGCUGUCCUGUUUCUGCUGACAUGUACCGAGUUUGUCAAAGAUUCUUGGAGACCCACCCUGAAGAGCAGUCUCGACUGUGGGAGGUUAUGCCACCAGGGGACUGGAGCCAGCGUGUUAGUAUCUGGCUAAAGAUUCAGCUGGAACAAAAUCUUCCAAAAAAUGUGAAUUUGAGCUGCCAAGUGAAGAAUAUUCGAGAUGAUGAAGGGCAGAUGAGUAAGAGGGUUAGCCACGUUCCUGAUAUUAAGGCAUCCCCAGAUGAAGUGAAGGUAUUUCAUGAUGAUCCAGAAGAGGUUUUUGACCUACAGCCUAAUGCUGAAGAACACAUUCAACGUAAAGCUGAAGUACAGCAACGUAAGGAAUCAAAGAAAAGAGCCGGCAGAGAGGAACCAGUUGAAGGCAGAGUUCCUAAGCACGUUAGAGCAAUGCCCUAACUUUAGGGCAUAAGAGAAGCAAAACGAGACCACGAUGUGAACUAACAUGGCAUAAUAGCUUUGAAUUAGAAUGCCCCUGGUUCAAAUCUACCCAUAGCUAUGGACUUAUUGAGAUGGUCUGUGCUCUCAGCCUUGAGACUGCUACGUGGACCUCAUAACAAUGGUCUGCUUUACAGGCCUGUUGUAAGGAUUAUUAAGCUAAUAUAUAUACGAAGUACUUUGCACACUUCGUAUGAUGUGCACUACUGCACUUUGCUAUAUAUAUGCUUCUUCUGAAAAUGAUGGUCAUGAUGCUACUAUCAAAAAUGUUUUUAAACCAAGUUCUCUUCCUCUGUUCCUGUGAAAUUCCAGAGAACAGUUUAUUUGUCAUUCUGCAUAAUUUAAAUCAUAGAAUUGGAAGGGAUCUUGGAGGUCAACACACAGCCGAUUGUUCAGUGCAGGCUCUGCAAUACAGGAUGCAGCUACAGCAUCCUUGGCAG